ACCCCCCCAUGUGCAUAAAGCAAACAGAGAUCAAGAAUGCCUUCAAGUAUGUGAACACUGUCAUAUCCUGCCUGAUCUUUGUGUUGGGGAUCAUUGGCAACUCGACGCUGCUCAGGAUCAUUUACAGGAACAAGUGUAUGAGGAAUGGACCCAAUGUGCUGAUUGGCAGCCUGGCACUGGGAGACCUGCUUUAUAUUGUAAUUGCCAUCCCCAUCAAUGUGUAUAAGCUGUUUGCUAAGGACUGGCCAUUCGGUGUGUAUGUCUGUAAGCUGAUGCCGUUCAUUCAGAAAGCCUCAGUGGGGAUCACUGUCCUCAGCCUGUGUGCCCUCAGCAUUGACCGCUACCAUGCAGUGACAUCAUGGAGCAGGGUAAAGGGGAUGGGGAUCCCUCUGUGGAAAGCAGUGGAGGUGACACUGAUCUGGCUGGUUGCUGUGGUGCUGGCGGUCCCAGAGGCGUUGGCGUUUGACAUGAUGGAGAUGUCAUACAGAGGCAACAAGCUGCGUGUCUGCCUGCUGCAUCCAGAACAGGCCACCAGCUUUAUGAAGUUCUACCAGGAGGUUAAGGACUGGUGGCUAUUUGGCUUCUACUUCUGCCUCCCUCUGGCAUGCACAGGGAUCUUCUACACACUCAUGUCCUGUGAGAUGCUCAGUCGAAAAAAAGGCAUGCGCAUCGCACUCAACGACCACAUGAAACAGAGGAGGGAAGUGGCGAAGACAGUGUUCUGCUUGGUGUUGAUUUUCGCGUUCUGCUGGCUGCCACUUCAUCUCAGCCGUAUCCUGAAGAAAACCGUCUACGACCAAAAUGACCCCAACCGCUGCGAGCUGCUCAGUUUCCUUUUAGUGAUGGAUUACAUUGGCAUCAACAUGGCCUCUUUAAACUCCUGCAUUAACCCAAUCGCCCUCUACUUUGUCAGCCAGAAGUUUAAGAACUGUUUCCAGUCCUGCCUGUGCUGCUGGUGCUAUAGGACGUCUCCUCUGGACGAGCGGAGCUUCGGUGGACGCUGGAAGGGCUCUUGCCACGGCAAUGGACUCGACCGCUCCAGUUCCCGCUCCAGUCAGAAAUACACAAGCUCUUCAUAAAACACACAAUACACACACAAUCCUCAGCUACCAAAACCAACGGUCCCAUCAGUUCAUGGAAAGCAUGCAGUCAGCGCCAACAAACCAACAUUCAGAUCUGAGUCAGGAGUGGAAAAUGAAGUCACUUGAGACUGAAACACUCUGUGAUCUAUCCUAACUGGUGAAUAUAACAGGAUGCCACCUGUUCAGGCUGUAACAAUCAUAACUGCACAGGCUAUGAUGAAACCAAUGCUGCAUAAACAUAUUCCUGCUCUGACACAGAUCUUGAGCUUAGCAUGAUAACUGUCCAGAGGACUUCAAGCCUCUCUAUGGACCAGAAAAGAUAAACACAUUUGAGGAGAAAGUCGAGUCAAGCCACUUGUAAACUACUGUACGUAUUACAGUAUAUCCAUGUAGAUUGCAGAUUUUUUGCUUAUCUAGUCCACUUGCUUCAUAUACAAGUAAGCAGUGAUCAGUACUACAUGUUGAAGCUUUAACAGCUCAAGGUAAAGUGCAACGCUGAGUUCUUUGAAGCUCAAAGGACUGGCGCCUUUGAGAGUAGACGUCUCAAUGACGCUGUUUAUUUAAUGAUAUAGAAAAAAACUGUAGCAAUUUAUUUGACAAUGAAGUAGCACCCAUGUGAGCUGGGGCAUGUUAGUGGGCCCAUUGGCUCUGCCCAAAAAGUCAGUGAGCUUUAUUCAAACCUUCAUGCUCCUCGGAUGAAGGACACAAAGUAGCAACGGUUACUUUCAUACUCGGCUAAAACCGGGCCCCACUGUGGCCCCUAGGUCAUGUGAAGAAGCUUUAUGUUGGAAAUCUUCCUAUCUCUGCUGUGAGUCAUAUGGGGGCAGCUGUUGAACAUGAACUCUGAAAGAACACCAGAUGAUCGCCGGCGUGCGUCGUGUACAAAAUUGGUUCAAACAAUGUAGCUUCUAUUUUUCUGAGAGCGUAGCACGAAACACAUGAGGAGCUUGUGUUUCUCCUCAGCACAAAAGGUCCACAGAUACUUUUUAAACAUUUAGAUUUUUGUUUUUUUAUCUGACAGAUCCAAUGUUACAAAGAUGUGCUGAUUGUUGGAAAUGAACUUUAAAAUUAACCCACAUUGUUAGGUUAUACUGAAUUUUUACAUAUGCUACUUAAAUGUUUUGAAAGAUCAAAAGCUUGUAGACGGUUGUUCAGGGUGUUAGUUCUGCAUCUAAUGGAUGAUAUGUGCAGAGUGAACUCAGCUGAUUGAGAUCAUCUGAGACAGGAUAAAAUUAUACAUGACUCUCUUCUGAAUAAAUCAAUGGAAAGUGAUUGAUUUUUACAAAACUAAACAAGAACCCAAAAGUCAAGGCAAAUUGUAUAACUGGUGUUUUAACCUGUAUGGCAUCGAUGCAAGCUGAAAACAAAAACAAAAACUGUUUUCCUCAGUACUACAUGAUAACAAAUGUAGUACUGAAAUUUGAUUUGAAAUUUAGUUGUGUUACUUAAAAAACUUUAAUUUUACAGUUUUAUGGAAAGAAAUUUAAAUAGCAGCACAAGAAACCUUUUUUUAUUUUCAUUACUAAUCCUUGAACAAUAUGUUAUCUAUGUAUUCAUAAAGAUACUUUAAAUAAAAUUGAUUUAUGAACUUUGUUUAUGUUUAGCAUAUCACCUUUGCUAAAUCACAAUGUUGCUUCACUGAAAAUAUGACGUAACUGAAUCAUAAACCCUGCCCCUCGCACUGUGACUGCUGGAUAUGGGCACCAGUGACCCACGCGACCUUGAAAGGAAUAAGCAUGUACAGAAAAUGGAUGGAUGGAUGAAUCAUAAACCCCUCAUGUCCAUCUGUAGAGCCCAUGCCUUUUGAGAAUGACAAUCUGUGUCACACCCCCCACACACACCUCCAGUGUUGUACUGCAAGCUUCUGUUUAAUGUGAUGAAGAUUGAUUUCUGUUAAAUGUGGGAAAUCGUCCCCCUAAAUCCAGCAAAAUUGUUUCAUGCUCCAUAAAUAGGUUGUACACAUUGUUAAAGGACAAAUUAAUUUGCCUUUCCAUUGUUUCCCAAGAAUAAAAAACAAACAAACAAACAGUUCAGUCUCUACGAUUGAAUUGUUUAGUGAGGUCAUCAGAAUUGCUCUGCCAGGGUCAGCUAGGGUUGUGAUGGAGCACUAAGACAAUAAAACUUGGCUAUCUAGCGGAAGUAACAUUAGUACCAACUGUUCUGGCACAGCUUUGAGCUCCUGUUAACCGUCCUCACAUUUAUAGAGCCUUCCUUCCUUCUCCUUCAAACAGAUGUGUGCCCUCUGAGGAAAGUGAAGUAUCCUGUAAGAAUUAGUUUACUGUACUUUCCACUCACGACCGACAGUAAAAAAAAAAAAAAGCAAAAUAGACAAGCUUGGAGAUAUUCUCCAGGGAUUCAGUUUAUUAUACAUCAGGCCAUGAGGCAUUGUUUGUCUAAUGAACUUUGAUCCAUAUUUCUGAAAGUUAUCUUUUAUAUGAAAACUCCUGAUCACCAUGACAUAAGACUUAGGUGAUUUGAGUCUCUGAUUUGGGUUAAUGCACCAGAAAUACUUAUUUAGAUGAAAGUAAAAUACAUUUUAAAUAUGUAGGUUACCAUUUUGGUUUCCUUUGUUUUCCAUCCAUCAUCUGCAAAGUGUAAAAUUCUGAAAUAAAACAUCUCCAAAUAUUGCAACCUUACCAUGCUCACAUACAGUUGAGGUUGUGCAGUGCACCAGUGUGAUUGACUCAAGUGAAAUGGUUCUCUUUAGUGAUUAAUUUGGAUUAACUUAUGUCCAUAAUGUGAACCAAAAUCUAACAGCUUUAGCCAUUCCUCCCAAAAGGAGGCAGGAAUGUUGUAGAGAAGCAGAUACGUCAAUUUGUUUGAAAAUAUGCACAUGAUCAACUAUGUUUGCUAACACUACUGCAUGCACUUCAGCAUGCAGCUGAAAGAACAGUUUUAUUGGCGUGUUCAGGUAAUUGAAAUUUCCAUGUUCCAAGUCAGAAAAAUCAACUGGAAAGUCUCUAAAGUUGCAUUUCCAACUUAGAAUAUCAAAGAUUCCCUGAUUAGCCCAGCUUUAAAAUCCAACAUGGCCGACCCGCACGUGAAAAGUUGUGAUAGCUGCACAGAAUCCAGAAAAAUUAAUUAUUGACUUGCUUUGCUAAUUGCAGUUAGCUUGGCUCCUGCGUACAAACUUUAAGAAAUCCUACAGGUCCUUCAACUUGCAACUAGCAUUCAAAUCCAAGUUCCAACUUCUGAGGGAAACGUAAUGUAGCUUGUUCUCCGUUCUGCUUUAACCUGCCUCUAAAUGUGUUACAGAAGCUCAGAGUGCUAACGUUUUUGUAGAGAAACCAUCAAGUUUAAAAAUCAUGGUUAAUAAUGUGAUCCAAAUACAUGUAAAUACUCUGAUGACCCUGUUCAUUUGAAUAAAGUUAUCUUGUUCUUUUUCUGUUCAAAUUAAUAAAUACCAUUUUAUAGCA